AUGGAGGUUGCGGUCUACCGCAGGUUCCUGUUGCACCGUAGGAGAGGCCUGCCGGCGGGCGUGGAGGUGCUGGAGGAUGUGUGCGAGGAGCUCGAAGAGCUCAUCCCCAACCCUUUCUACCCUGAUCCUGCUGCCCCUUCCAGCAAGGACAGGGAUGCUGCCUCCUCUCCAUCUGAGGAGGAGGAGGGGACGGAGGAGGAGGAGGAGGAGGAGGAGGAGGAGGAGGAGGAGGAGGAGGAGGAGGAGGAGGAGGAGGAGGAGGAGGGGGACGAGGAGGAGGACGAGGAGGGUGAGGAGGGUGAGGAAGAAGGCAGUGCGGAGGUGGAGGGUGGAGUGGGUGAGGAGGAUGGCGAUGAGUGGUGGGCAGAAGGGCAAUAUGAUGGGGAGGAGGCAGAGAUCUGGGUUGCUGGCCAGGAUUAG